AGAAGAAGAAGAAAAGUAAUAGAAAGAAAAGAAAAAGAAAAGCGAGUCUUAGAUUGAGCCCCAAGCCAUCGCCUUCGUAUACAAUCGCGAACUCCCAAACUCUCGCUCAAAGAAAUUAUCUGAGAAAACUGAAAACCCUGUAGUCUCCGAUGUCGAUCUUCGAGUACAAUGGAAGUGCCCUAGUAGCCAUGGUGGGGAAGAACUGCUUUGCCAUCGCCAGCGAUCGGAGGCUCGGAGUUCAGCUCCAAACAAUCGCCACCGAUUUCCAAAAGAUUUACAAAAUCCACGACAGGCUCUACCUCGGCCUCUCCGGCCUCGCCACCGACGCUCAGACUCUGUAUCAGAGGCUCGUCUUCAGGCACAAGCUUUAUCAACUUCGCGAGGAGAGGGAUAUGAAGCCUGAGACUUUUGCCAGCCUUGUCUCCGCUGUUCUUUACGAGAAAAGGUUUGGGCCAUAUUUUUGUCAACCUGUGAUUGCUGGAUUGAGUGACGAGGACAAGCCAUUCAUUUGCACCAUGGACUCAAUUGGAGCUAAGGAACUGGCAAAAGAUUUUGUGGUCGCUGGAACUGCAUCUGAGUCCCUGUAUGGUGCUUGUGAGGCGAUGUUCAAGCCCGACUUGGAACCAGAGGAACUAUUUGAGGUUGUCUCGCAAGCACUGCUAUCAUCAGUAAAUCGAGACUGUUUGAGUGGAUGGGGAGGCCAUGUCUAUGUUGUAACACCCACCGAAGUGACCGAGAGGAUCUUGAAGGGAAGAAUGGAUUGAGCUUCGCUGAAGGUUGGAAAUGAACUGAGCUAUAUGUUCCAAAUUCCUUUAGGCCGUCUAUUUUCCUUUCAUGUUUAUUUAGCUUACCAAUUGGAAUAGGCAGUCAUGAGCUUAUUUGGUGACCAAGAGGGCCUAUUUUCUGUUCCGACGAAUUAUUCGUGUGCUCUGAUGAAUGUUUAAAAACUGGAUUAUCGGUGGUUGUACUUUGUCUUCACAGUAAGAAAAAUUGUUGGAAUGCAGAGCUUUUUAGCUACAAAAAUUCUCAGC